AUGGUUACUAUAUUUCUAUCGUCUGUCAACAACCCUGAUCUCAACCUGUGGAAUUGCAAACAACAAGCCAAUUGCAUGGACAUAAUGAAAGGCUGUCAAGGAUUUAUGGAGCCCGCUCGCACAACUUUCUUUCUUUUUUCUUUCCUUCCCUUUUUUUUCUUCCUUUCUUUGACUUUUCAUUUUUUUCUUUCUUUCUUUCUUUCUUUCUUUCUUUCUUUCUUUCUUUUCCUUUACUUUUUUUUUUAUUAUUAUUAUUCUUCACUUUCUUUCUUUCUUUCUUAUCAUUUUCUUUUUUUCUUUUCUUUCUUUCUUUCUUUCUUUCUUUCUUUCUUUCUUUCUUAUCGUUUUCCUUUUCCUCUUCUUUCUUCUUUUCUUAUCAUUUUCAUUUUCUUUCAUUCUUUUUAUCAUUUCUUUUACUUUCUUUUUUAUUAUUUUCCUGCAGAUUUUUCUUUCUUUAUUUCUUUCUUUCUUAUUUUUCUUUUCUUUCUUUCUUUUUUAUCAUUGUACAUAUUCUUUCUUCCUUUCUUAUCAUUUACCUUUUCUUUCUUUCUUUUUUCUUUUUUGUUUGUUUCUUUUUUAUAA